ACUUUGCUCAAGCGCACUUUGUGUAGCUGCAAAAUCCCAUUUCGGAAGUUGCGCCAUGGCCCGCGUGAUCGCAGUCCUGAGCCUUGCAGCUUUCGCUUCUCGCCUUGAAGGGGACUGGUGGUCAAAGAAGGUCGACUGUUCUCUUCUCAAGCCGCCGCCAUAUGGGCUGAGGAUGGAGAAUAGAAGCUUCUGUCUUGAUGUGGGUUGUCACCGGGAGCUGCGUACAGUCGUCAAUCUGAACCAAAAGGAUUGCGGGGAGCAUUUCGUUCGCCUCAGCGCUGUGGAUGACUUUGUGGCCUUAAAGUGGAAGGUUCGUUAUCGCAAAGGGGUUCUCCCAGUUGAAUUUUGUUCUGCUAUGUCUACGGCCGUCUGGACGAAAGGGCCCAAAAUCUGCUCGGCCUAGAAGGGAGACGCCAUGUGGAAGAAUGCAGUGAUGUAUGUCGAGGAUACUUGCAAGAGACAUCUCUGUCACUUGGCAAAGUCGGGCGAAUGGAACACAUUUGGAGGGGAAUCCCAAAAAAAAACAAACCUUGGUAUCGCAAUUGCCAGUGGCACGAGUACGCGUACAACAAGGCCAAAGGCAUUGAAGAGGUAUUCAAAUUUCAAUGCUGGCACGGACCCAAAUCCUAUGGUGACCUGAUGCCCGACUUCACUGACUUUGCGGGCCGCCAUGGUCUGCUCACACAGACCCCUGGGACUGCGAGGUUUAACAAAACAGUCUGCGGAUGCCGCGCCGUAGACGACUGCUACGAGCCAAAGCAGCGAAGCGUGCCAUGGCUCAGCCUUUGAGAACUCCUGCGGUGUCCAAAAAGAA